CCAAUCAACGGCAGGACGAUCAAACGCGUCCGAGCGCUCGCUCAUUUACGACACGUAAAAUGGCGAGCAGAAUAUUUCUGUUGUGCCUGUUAGUUUUGUGUUUGACUGUGACUUAUAUAGAAUGUAGGGGAGGCAGAGGAAGGGGUGGUGGUAGACACGGCGGUGGCAGUCACCAUGGUGGUUUUGCUUCUGGCAGGUUCUUUGGAUCAUCGAGUCACGGUUCUAGUCACAGUUGGGGAAGCUCCUCAUCGUCUUCACAUCACAGUUACCCAUCAUCAUCAGGACUUUCUGGAUCUGGCCAUCAUUCAUACCCUUCGUCGUCAUCAGGAUUAUCUGGAUACGGCAGUAAAUAUCCCUCAGCAUCUUCUGGACCUACAUGGCACUUUGGAUCACAUAGUUACCCGUCAUCAUCCUCAGGACUGUCUGGCUCUGGGUCGCAUUACAGACCCACGUCGAGUCAUCAUUAUUACCAUCCAAACGCGCCCUUGCCAACAUACUACACUAAGCCGCAGUAUGUAUAUAUCCAGGAUUACAGAAACUCUGACAGUCGAUACGGAGACUUACUGACUGGCUUGUCGUUGUACAACCUCGGUCGCUCACACAGUCACUACCAUGAUCACUACUAUUAUGACGACUACUACAGACACAGGUAUGGUGGCUCAUCAUACGAUUCCUCCUACACACCACAAAACAAACCACAAGACGAAGCCAAUUGCUUGCUAAAAGUAAAAGAAAACGGACGAGAGGAAGCUCUGAAAAUUCCAUGUGAAAUUGUUUCAACUUUUACUCAAGAUAGUAAGAAAGAGGUUCCGACGCAGCCAAUUCAAGUGAACAAAACUGAGUGUACGACAAAUAUUACCAACAUCCCAGUGCCAGUGACCACAACGUCUACCACGACCACGACGACGGCCUCGCCAUUUAAUAUUCCGCCAUAUACUUCAUAUACUUCAUAUAAGGAUAUAAUGGCUUACAUAGAUUCGUUAUCGGACAUGACGAUAGGGCCAGACGGUAAUAUAAUAAUGCCAUCGAUGAGCACUCGUCGGCCACCUGUUCCAGACCUCACCUUCUCACCCACGGAGUUAAUAUCCGCCACUGAGCCACCGAAUAAUGUACCUGUAAUGAAUGUUACUACAGAGACUUUUUCAGUGAACGGUUCUGUGUCAUAUAUCACCAAGACGGUGAUAACUAACGCGACUAUGGUGAAUGUGACAGUGUGUACUAUUAAUUCAACCUUUGUAGAUCCUUUGACUGCAAAAGGUGCACCAGUGGACCCUAGUAAUAUGGAGUGUGCCGUACAGAUUCUAACCAAAGAAGCUUCCUUAAGUACCGUUGUCGAUUGUAAAAUUUUGAUGAAAUACGGCAAGCCGAAACCUAAGCCAGACACCGGGAUAUUACCCCUAGAGAAUUGCUAACAACGUGGUUAGAAAAUCCUCUCUGGUGGGUGUAACCGUUUAUUGCUGUAUAAAUUCAUUGUUAUGGUAUAAUCAUGUUAAUGACAUGUUGUGUACUGUAUUUUGUAGUGUAUACCAGUAGUUCCAACUAUAGGUGUUGUAUAUUUUUAUACAUAUUUUACCAAAUAAUUAUCUGUAGGUAAUAAUUUAGUGUGCCAAAUUAAAAUCGUUUCCAUACAUAUCUACACUAAAAGAGACAUUUUUAUUUUUUUAAUUAAGUAUCUAGGUGUCUAUUUCUUACUUAUGUUACUAGUACCUAAUGGAUAAAUAUAUUAAAUACUUAUUCUAGGUAGGAACACUAUUUUAUCCAUACACAGGAUAAAUAAUAAUUAUUUAAAACAGGAUAAUCAUUGUUAGGGAGAAGUGUUCAUAUAAAUAACGAACAUAUAAAAUAAUAAGUACUUACAUUACGUAUGUAUGCAAGGUAUUAUUUAUAUGCCUAUUUGGUAAAUACAAAAUGUUGUAUAUAUAGAAAUGCAUGUAACGAGGAAGUGCUUUGUAUUAUUAAUUAAAAAUAAUAAAAUCUAGAAUGACUAAGAGUUGGUACCUAGUCUAAUUGGCAGAAUGGCUACAUUAAUUUGAGCGGCCAAUUGACGAGUAAGGUUAAAUUAUAACGCUAUCAUUUUAUAAACAAAAAAUAUAAGAUAGUGCAUUAUUGCAGAAACACAUAAAGAUAACUUGGAUAACCCCUGUUUAACCUAUUGUAAGAUUGCAGAUAUACGCGAGACACAAUGUGUUUUUUUAAUUUUUUGUCUUAUUUAAUAACUAGCUUUUGCCCGCGACUUCGUCCGCGUGUUUGUGUUUGUGGUUGGUGUUCUAAAUGCUGCCGUAUGUCAUGUAAAAUCUGAAUUACUUGAGAAUAUGUUACUUUUAGCAUUUUUAAAGAUAUGUAUUCCACUCCACAUAGAGACCACUACCGCCGAUUCAUCAUUUUAUAAUACAGCUACAGGUUUAAACAUGACGAAUUUCUAUAUGAACAUUCAGCCCCUAUUUUUACCAUUCCCCCCUAUUUUUUGCAAUAAAAAGUAGCAUAUGUUCUUUCGUUUAUCAUACAGUGUCUAAAUACAAAGUUUCACUGUUACAGCUUUAAAAAUGAUGAUUUUCUAUAUCAACAUUCAUCCCCCGUUUUUACCCAUUCUCCCCUAUUUUUUGCAACAAAAAUUAGCCUGUUCUUUCGUUUAUCAUAAAGUGUCUAAAUACAAAGUUUCACUGUUACAGCUUUAAAAAUGUUGAAUUUCCAUUUUAAAAUUUAUCCCCCCUUUUUACCCAUUCUCCCCUUAUUUUUUGCAAUAAAAUGUAGCCUAUAUUCUUUCGUUUAUCAUAAAGUGUCUAAAUACAAAGUUUCACUGUUACAGCUUUCAAAAUGACGAAUUUCCAUAAGAACGUUCAUCCCCCCUUUUUACCCAUUCUCUCCUAUGUUUUUGCAAUAAAAAGUAGCCUAUGUUGUUCCUCAGGGUCUAUUCUAUGUCUGUACCAAAUAUCAUCAAAAUCUGUUGUCUGGUUUAGGUGUGAAAGCGUAACAGACAGACAGACAGAGUUACUUUCACAUUUAUAAUAUUAGUAAGGAUAAGGAUAUCAGCAAUAAAGUGGUUAAUGCGUUUAAAUAUUGACUGAAAGAUAAAUAUUCUAUUUUACAAAAUAAAACAAAAUGAUUA